AUGAGUGUACCUCAAAAUCUCCUGGAGCUGCUGCGAAAAGAAGUCGAUCAAUUUUCAAGUGCAAAUGAACAAAAUUCAAGCGCGCUAGAACGAUUCGAUAUCAACACAGCCUAUGCAAAGUUUGACUUUAUUCCAAGAUAUGAGUUUGAACUCGAAGUUUUUCAAAAUGAUGAGCUGGAAAUCUUGUGCGAAUCCAAAGUCGACCGAGAUUGGGCAGUAGUACGCCUAAAAGCCGAAAAAGAUCGCCUUGGAAUUUUACCGCUUACUUACAUAAAGGCGGCCGAAAGAUUUGGCCUAACGUCAGGAGCGGAUUUCUACCCGGAAAUUGAAAAUAUAAAAGACAAAGAGCGAAUCUGGCUAUUGGAAGCGAAACUGGCUCAAGCUGAGAGCAGGAUCAAACAAGUCGAGGGGCAAAUGCAUGAGCUGAGACAACAGGUGGACUCGUACGAAGCUUGUGUCGUUUGCGUUCAGCCGGUUAAAAAUGGAAGAAUGGCGCUUUCAUGCGGACAUACGUUUUGUAAAGACUGUACAGACCAUUUUUGGAAAGAACGAAAAUGCCCUGUUUGCAAUCAAAGACCAAACGGGCUUUUUCAUCUUCAUUUGUAG